UCUCCCAUGGACCGGGAGCGAGUCAGUGCCUCGGAGCCGCUCUCACAAAUGUGCAGCUCGGAGCAGCACCACGGAUCCAGUUAUAACUCCUUCAUUAAAACCGAACCAUCGAGCCCAUCGUCUGGUACUGACACAAACAACCAUCACAGCCCCGUUGCCUCAUCCGAUACCGGCCUGAGCUGUGGUCACAACCUGCACUCACCUCCCCUGUUUGUAGCCUCGGUGGGUGUGGGGCCCUGUCGCAAUCAUUUGGAGCCGUGUUCUGGGACCCUCCUGGACGACUGUCCCUCAAAGUGCGAGUAUGUGCUGAACUCCCUCCCCAAACGCCUCUGCUUGGUUUGUGGGGACGUGGCGUCUGGCUAUCACUAUGGAGUGGCCUCCUGUGAGGCUUGUAAGGCUUUCUUCAAGAGGACCAUACAAGGUAACAUCGAGUACAGCUGCCCUGCCACCAAUGAGUGUGAAAUCACCAAACGGAGGCGCAAAUCCUGCCAGGCCUGCCGUUUUAUGAAGUGCCUGAAAGUAGGAAUGCUCAAAGAAGGAGUACGUUUGGACCGGGUGCGAGGUGGCCGUCAGAAGUACAAGAGGCGGGUGGAUGUAGGGGACGGGUCGCCGCUCCCCGUGCCCUCUCCAGCCAAGAGGCCGUUGAGUAAGAUUGUAUCCCACCUACUGGUAGCUGAACCUGAGAAGAUCUAUGCCAUGCCAGAUCCCACAAUCCCUGAGACGGACAUCAAAGCCCUGACCACACUGUGUGACCUCGCAGACAGGGAGCUGGUUGUGAUCAUUGGCUGGGCCAAGCACAUCCCAGGUUUCUCUGCGCUCUCGCUGGGUGAUCAGAUGGGGGUCCUACAGUGUGCCUGGAUGGAGAUCCUUAUCCUGGGAAUUGUGUUCCGCUCGAUGCCGUACGAGGAGGAGCUGGUUUAUGCUGAGGAUUACAUCCUGGAUGAGGAGCACUGCCGCCUGAUUGGUCUGCUGGACCUUUACACGUCCAUCCUGCAGCUGGUGCACAAAUACAAAAAGCUGCGAGUGCAGAGAGAGGAGUUCGUCACCCUCAAGGCAAUCGCCCUCGCCAACUCCGACUCGGUGCACGUUGAGGAGGUGGGCAGUGUACAGCGGCUGCAGGACUCUCUCCAUGAAGCGCUGGUGGAUUAUGAAGCGAGCGAACACCCAGAGGACCCUCGGAGAGCUGGCAAGUUACUGAUGAGCCUGCCACUGCUCAGGCAAACUGCCAGCAAGGCCGUGCAACAUUUCCACAGCAUCAAGCUGCAAGGAAAGGUCCCCAUGCACAAGCUCUUCCUCGAAAUGCUCGACGCCAAAAUCUGACAGCACCAACCCAGAGAGUCAACAAGCAACUCAAAACCCAACCCUUCAAAUACCCUCAUCACUUCUCCAACAUGAACUCUGUUCGCCACUUACCAUGGUCCAUUAUUUCUGAAAAACAAUGCUAUCUCUACUUAGAUAUAAAUUAGAGAUUGGAAUUGUGGUGUGCUGUGAAUUGACAGGUAGAACAUUCUGGAACCUUCGCUGAGGACCGGGAUCCCCGUGAGGACAGGACUGGCUCUGACAUCGUGCCUGUGAUAUGGCCUUCAAGGCUUCACUGUAUAUUGGACGUCGAGGAGGGAUUUCCGAGAGGGAUAUUUACGCCUCAGAACAAGUAAGGAAGGAUCCUGAGGCGUGGAUUCCAGCCUUGUCCAAUUGGAAGGAUUGAGGGGGCUUUUUGACCCCCUCACUUCAUCACCGGCUGAGAACUCUCAACCUGGUAACCACCCACAGAGUGAAGGGAGUUGUGACCUGAGUUACCUGCAUCUGCUGCUAGCUCACUCUCCAGGACCUGGUUAGAAAAAGAUACCAUUUGCCAGCACAGGCUUGGUGGGCAGAAGGGCCUGUUCCUGCAUAGACCGUUCUGUGACUGGCUCAGUGUGGUCAA